AUGAAUGACUCGACCGAGUUAAAGUGUGCACUUUUCAAUGCAGAUGGUUCUACCGCAUUCAAAGAGACUCGCCUGACAAAAGCCGAGGUGGCUCAACAGUAUGGGAUCAAUGGUCGAGACUUACGAAAUGCCGAUCUCGUCUCUGAGGGUAUUCCGCAUGUACUAGUCCGGCCGUCGGCGAUAUUUAUCAGUUUCUUCACCCUCCGUCUUCUUAUCCAGUGUGAUCGAGCUCUGCUCUUCCUCAUUGGGACUGAAACAGAUGGGUUGAAAAUGCAAGAUGUCUUCGAACACAAUUUGCAGAGCAGAGUGCGUGCCGAAAAGGGAUCUGGAUUUACGCCCAAUCUUCCAUUUGAACUACGCGUUGUAGAUGCAGCUCUAGCAUCCGUGACUGCAAUCCUUGAAGCCGAACAUUUGAUCCUCCGCGGCCAGGUCGAGAAACGUCUUGAAGAUUCUAAGCAGGAAGACGUCGUUCACUUGGCUCUACGUGAAUUGUUGGAGCAUGGGAAGAAACUGGCCGUUAUUGAGCAACGAGCUCGUCAAGUCCGCUCCGCUCUGCAAGAGCUCCUCAACAAUGAUGAAGACCUCGCAACAAUGUAUUUGACUGAUCGGCAGGCUGGGAAACCACACGCGAUUGCAGAUCACCAAGAAGUCGAAUACCUGUUGGAGGCGUAUUAUAAGAAUGCGGAUGCAAUUGCUGAGUCUUCUGGGGCACUUGUGGAAGAAGUGAACCGUACUGCAAGAGCCAUUAAGUCGAUUUUAGAUGUUCGGCGAAACCAGAUCAUGAUCUUCGAGGCCCAUCUCGAGAUCUGGAUGCUAGGUUUUGCUGUCUCGACUUUUGUGGCUGGUCUUGUUGGAAUGAAUGUGGUCAACUACAUGGAGGAGAGCCCAUACGCAUUUGUAUGGCUUACAUCGGGAUGUAUAGUAGCAACCCUGCUCAUUUCGAGGAUUGGCAUAGCGAAACUCAGAAAGUUUCGGAAAAUGCAGCUCUAG